UCUACGACCUGGAUUUUUACAGAAUUAUUGGAUCCUCACUCCUGAAAGCAACACUUCGGCCUCAGCUAAUGGCAAGUGAUUUCGGUGAAGAGCGACAGUAGCGAUCGAUUCUCUACUGUCUGCAAAAGCAGUAGCACAUCUACUACUGCAUAGUAUUUGCCGUUGGCCUGGAUGUCGCUCCGUCACAAUAGUCGGGGUCGCUACUGAAAUCGUUCUAGUCAGCGACUGGGUGAUGUAGUUGCUGUGACCUACUCGCUAGCGACAGCACGAAUCCUACUAUGAUCGGAGAUGAAGUGAGAUGGCCAGCAAGCGACAAGCUGCAGUGUUAGUGUUAGUUCUGACGUGCAUCUGCCUUGUGUCAUGGCAUUCCUAUCGCACCGGAGCUGAUUAUGGUGGUUUAGCUCACCCCGCACUCUCUGCUACCUACUCAUUUGGAGAUCGCAGGUUGUUAACACAUCCUGCUGCUGCUGCUGCGACUGCAUCUCGGAACACAGCUAGUGGUGAUGCUUCACUACAGCUAGGUAUAACUGACCAUGGAGCACGGCAAGGUGGUGAUCGUGGCCAGGAUAGUGAUGGGUCUGUACGGGACAUGAAGGAGGCUGUACACGUGCCAAGCGUACUCUUAGCCAAGCAGCUCGGUUUCAACUUUCCUGUUGUGCCACGUCUUGCUGCUCUGCCAGCUUAUCCGCCACCUGAACAUGUCAAGCACAAUGCACUGCGCCUAGUGUCCUACCGUGGGAGAGAAUUCAAUAUUAGCAACGAAAAGCAUGUCCUGGCCAUGAUUCAUAUACAGAAAACUGCGGGUACGACUUUGAACCGACUGCUAGCAGAGCGGCUGAUGGGUGAUUUCUCCUGUUGGUGUAGACCUGUGCAAAACGCAAACAAAGAAGUGAAGCUUGACAUGAACGGACGGGUACGCAAGGACUGGAAACAUUGCAAGUGCUAUCGCCCCUCUUCAUCUAGCAGUCAGUGGCUUUUCUCCCGCACGACGACCGGUUGGAAGUGUGGCUUACAUCCAACGUACACCGCGCUCACUGAAUGCCUGGCUAGUGGGAAGGUGGACAUGAUGGAGCGUAAGAAGCAGGCAAACCGAGCGUUCUUUGUGGUCACUAUCUUGCGACGCCCUAUCGACCGUUUCCUCAGUGAGUUUGCACAUGUCAAGCGUGGUGUGACCUGGAAGAACUCCACGUUCCAGUGCAACGGUGUAAAGCUGUCGCACGUGCACAUGCCGCUUUGUUUCCCAGGCCGUGACUGGUCCCAUGCCAGCAUGGAUGAGUUCUUAGCGUGUCCGCAUAACAUGGCGUUCAACAGGCAGACCCGCAUGCUAGCCAACUUGAGUGUGGUGAAUUGUUACGACAGCUCAAGUAUGCCAACCGCUGAGUACAACGAGCGCCUCUUGCACAGUGCUCAGCAAACUUUGCUCUCCCUCGCUUGGUUUGGAUUAACGGAGUACAUGAGUGAAUCACUAGAAAUGUUUGAAAGCAGAUUUGGCGUUCAGUUUGCUAAAGAACAGCUUGACUACAAGUCAGGUGACGGCAAACCAGAUUCCAAGUCUAGUUUUAUUUGGAAAAACCUCACCGAAAGCCUAACGAAACGCAUAGUGCAAGCUAAUAUUCUUGAUCUGCAGCUAUAUGAUUUUGCCGAGAAGCUGUUUUUGGAUCGCUACAAAGAGCUGAAGCAGCAGCAGCAGCAGCAGCAACACUCCAGUAUCACCACAUAUGAUCGGCCUUUAUUUGAUGCAUAGGUGGUGUGCAUGCCACGUGCACCUCGUAGGCUACACAGCCAAGCAGGCCGUGCACGACAUACAGUAGUGCUCACGGUGCAGGCAAGCAAGCAAUGAUGCAUACACUAGGAGCCGCACAGUUUAUUUGAAAUUUAUAUACAAUUUUAGAAAAGCACAUGCACCCUAGUAGUACCACAUAGGAUGUGUCAUAUUUUCAGCACUAAGUCCAACGUUCACGACUAUACAUGUAUGCUUGUAUCAAUUAUAGUUAUGAGCUUUGACCCUCUUGUCACUCUUGGUUCGCUCGUAACAAAUAAUAUAAAAGAAAACUGGCCUUCGAUAUUCAGGAGUAGUCAACUGUCACUAUAUUCCGUUGAAAUCUACUUGACUUCUGCUGGAGUUCAUCUGUGUUGAUUUCUCCGUCAAAGCUUUGAUUAUCUUUUGUGUUGUCCUGCCUGGAUCAGAUGAUAAGCUAGUGGUGCGAAUUGAGAAUUGAUGGAACUAA